CCGUGGACCCGGUUUUUUCGCGUGUUUUGGGCCUCCAAUUGGAAAACUUGCCCACAGGAGCUGACGUGGCUGCCUUGCUAUCAAACCGCGAGUUUCUGAGAGCGAUAGGGGAAGGCUUCAUUCGCUUCAUCGGGAACGUCACAGCCAACACGACGCUAGAAGCGGCUCUUACCUUGCAGUCCGCCAGCGGGAGGCUGGGUUCUGGCGGCAUCACCCAGAGCGCCGCGGCCGCGACACAGUCAGCAGACGUUCAAGUAGAAGUGACUUUGUCAGUUUUUGAGGACACUUUUACUGCGGCAGAGCUUUUUGAGCUGAUUAACAACGGGCGCGCCCCUGACGGCGGCACCUUCUAUCCGCCCAGUGGCUUGGCCCCUGAUUUGACAGGGCUGCUCCGAACGUUUUUGUACGGCGCUAUCGCCGAGCAGGCAGCAUUGAUGGGCAGUGCACUGCCCGUAUUAUUUGGUGGACCACCGGGAAGCACAGGGUUACCUCCUGG